UAGCAAACAUGGAUUCCGUUGGCUUUCCCAGAUCGGGAAUAUGCAUUUUUGGACCGCAAUAAUGUGUUUAUCUCCAUGAACAUGAGUGAUGCUGACCGGGUUGACCUCGUUUUACCCGGAACUCUGGAUGAAUUUCACUGCCCAGUCUCUGAAACGGUAGAACAAAUCGAUUUUCUUAACGAUGACGAGCCUUUGGAGACACUGUUCUUCCACCGGGUCGACUCGGACCAAAUUAUCUAUCAACCACGGCGCCGGCGGGCGAAGCUGGUUGGCAAAUACUUGAUGGGAGAUGUUCUCGGUGAAGGCUCCUAUGGCAAAGUGAAGGAAAUGCUGGACACAGAGACACUCUGUCGGAGAGCUGUCAAAAUCUUGAAGAAGAAAAAACUGAGAAAGAUUCCAAAUGGAGAACUCAAUGUUCAAAGAGAAAUCCAGCUUCUAAAGCGACUGAGGCACAAAAAUGUCAUUCUUUUGGUAGAUGUCCUGUACAAUGACGAGAAGCAGAAAAUGUACAUGAUCAUGGAGUAUUGUGCCACAGUAUUACAAGAAAUGUUGGAGAAUGCACAGGACAAGAAGUUUCCCAUGUGGCAAUCUCACCUGUACUUUUGUCAGCUGAUAGACGGGCUGGAAUAUCUCCAUAGUAAGGGUAUUAUCCACAAGGAUAUCAAACCAGGCAACUUACUGCUUACCAGAAGUGAAAUCCUCAAGAUAACAGAUCUGGGAGUGGCGGAGGCCCUUGAUCAGUUUGCUGAGGACGACACCUGUUGUACCAGUCAGGGCUCACCAGCCUUCCAGCCUCCAGAGAUAGCCAAUGGAUUGGACACAUUCUCUGGCUUUAAGGUCGACGUGUGGUCAGCAGGGGUUACCCUCUAUAAUAUAACAACUGGGCAGUACCCAUAUGAGGGCGACAAUAUCUACAAACUGUUUGAGAACAUUGGGAAAGGAGAGUACAGCAUACCUGAUUCAGUGGAUGAUCAGCUGAAGACACUUCUACAAGGAAUGCUUGAGUAUGAUCCAGAGAAGAGGUUUUCAUUGUGGGAUAUCAGGCAGCACAAGUGGUUUCGUAAGAAGCAUCCUAAGCUGCUGGAGCGUGUGACUGUCCCCCCAUUACCUGAGGCAGAUGAUGAGUUGAGGAGUAUGACAGUGGUACCUUACCUGGAGGACUUGCAUUCCUCCUCACACACCAGCGAUGCGGAGGAGGAGGAGGAAUUCCUGCAGUCUCCUGUCAUCAUGGAGACAAACCACACAGACCCACAAAAACAAGAAGAGGGUAACAGUCUGGAGGUGGACCAAGAGCCAAGCUCAGCACCACAGAGGAAAAAGAGGACGAGAAUUAGUAAAUUUAAUUUUAGUUCGUGUAAACAGUCCUGACAAAGAUUGUGUUACUACCUGGAGGAUGUGGAUGAGGCACUGGAGGGGUUUCCUCUCUGUCCAGGAUGAAGUAGACACAUCUGGACAGACAUCAACAGCAUUAACUCUGUGUGUGCGUGUGCGUAUGCGUGCGUGUCAGUCAAGGGUGGAACAUACUGACCAUGAUGAUGUGUGUGGCACAGAUAUACAGUUAGACAAGAGUUAGGACGAUGAUCAGGUGAUUCCCCCUCUGUGGUGCCUCAUCGUUGUCACUAGAUGCAUAAAUACCAGUCAGUGGUUGAUUAUGUUUUUAUUUCAUUUGAAGUUAAAUGUUAGUCAAUUCAUGAAAAGCAUCAGCCCAAAUUGAAGUGGUUAAUUUACUGGUAUGGUCAACACCAUCAUCUCAACAUUGUCUGAUUUGUGUUUAGAUUUUGACAUUCCCAGCUAUCUUCAGUAGCCCAUACCAGAAGUCUGUGACUGUUACAGUUUGCAUGAAGCCAGUCCGCUGAUACAAACCUGUACAUUGUACAUGAUAGUAUUAAUGACUAUUGAAGCACUGCCCAUUCAGUUGAAUUCAGCCACCUACUUUAUGUAGACGCCUUUUCCCUUAAUUCUUAAAAAAAAAAACUGUUUAAUUAAUCCAGUUGGUUCUUAUAAUAGAUGUCUAUAUUAGAAAUGUACGUUUAAGGGAUGUCCAGCAAGUGUUAGCAGUUGGUCACUCCAUAACUGACCAAAUUAGACACACUAUAGCACUAUUAAGAUUCAGGAUCUUUAAAACUGAGAAAGAAAUUAAGAUCCAUUGAAAACAAUCCCCCACCCCCCACCCCCCCCACUUCCCUGCCAUAUCUAGUGUACAAAAAGUGCGUUCUAGUAUUUGCGAUUGAUGUAAUGCACACCUGAGCUAUUUUGAACUGACUGAGAUCAUUCUCCAUUUUUUGGUCAAAUAAUUUUAGCUGAAUUAUCUUCACAAUGUUACAGUGUGUUUGGUGUGAAUGACUGCUGGCACAUUUUGUCAGGUCCUGAUUUGUGUGGAGAACCUUAAUUUCCCCUGUACUGUAAUUGUAUAUUGCACAAAACUUGAGCUCACAGAGUGAUUAUAACUAUGGUGUGCUUUUCAGUUACAGCAUGUGCAGUGAGAACAAGUAUUUCUGGGUUCAUUUCUCAGUGCUGGGUAAAGCACUCUGGUUGUGUUUGUAUAUAUGUACCUGUAGUGUAAUAGACUUGGGUACUUACAUUUAGGCUUAUCCAAAGAUGUAUGAUAUACUGUUACUGGUACAGUAUAUAGUGUACCUAAGUGUAGACUAAUACACCAUGUUUAGUGAAGAUUACGCAAUACGACGCAUUGACCAAGGUAAAGUAUCAUAUAGUCCCAGCCUAACAUCGUGUAACUUGCGUAGAGCACACCUUUGUGACAAAAUGUACAUCUCUGAUAGAACUAGGGUACUACACGACAUCAAAUGUCAAAGAUCAAAGAUGUGGGAUGUAUAGAGCAUUCUGACUAUUUCAUAGGCUAGGAAUACCCAGAGAAUGGGAGGUAUUCGCUGGUGGAGCUUGAUGGGGACAGGUACAGUGAUGUGUCUGAUACCCAAUAGGGAGCUAUGGAAUAUCUCUGCAGUUUUAAAGUGUAAAGUAACACAUGGAGAUGGAGCAUCCAGCGGUAUAAGGGUAUAAGAUUCUGAUGGGAGAAAAGCCCUGUAGGAUAAGCAGGACCUAGAUUUUAGCAGCCAUCUUGGAGGAUUGUUGCUCUACCCAGCACAUGGUAAUGUCACUCUCAACAUGGCUGACAGUCUGUUGUUCAACUUCAGCCAAUAUGAUAGGAUUACAAGCAAGCAUGAAGAAAUGUCGGAGCAGGGUUUUUUCUACCUCCUCCUACAAUGUACCAGAUGUCUUAUUGAUUUGCGGGGUUGGGAAGGGGGUUGGCGUAUCAGUCAUGAAGAAAAAUUGAGCUUAAGAGUGAGAUUUACAGGUUGUCGGAUAGACUUUUAUUCGCCUAUCAGUCCCAUCAUCUUGAAUUAAAUUCACCCCGAGAAGCAGAAUUUCGCAUUACAUGAACUAUAUCCCAGGGUGUUGGGCUGGGGGGAUGAAGUGUUGUACUGUGACAUUCCAACAUGCGAGUGAUAUGAAGAUGGCAAAAAUGUAUGGUAGAGACACCUGGUGGGCAGGGGAGGAUACUCCUCUCCUUAAUCAUUCCAGGACUCCCAUAGUCCUGUCACAAGCAAAUAAAUGGCCACUUGUCAGAUAGACAAGGUUCACAUAGGUAAGGUUAACAGUUCAGAAUAAUCAGCAGUAAUCCCUGUUAACUGUUUAAUUAUGGCACUAAUGAGUGAAUAAUUGCAACAAAGAUCAUAAACUUACAUGUACAUGCAGUUGUUUUGUGUUGUAGACAAUAGUGAGCCACUUGUAGUGUUGUCAUAGCUGUGCUAACAAGGCAACCCAAACCACCACCACACCCUGCAUCUUGUACAGGUAAUGUUAGCUCAGCUCAGACAGUGCUGUCAGUGUCCGCUCAUGUCAGAUAAUGAAGUUUGAUAAAAGGUUUACAAGUUGCAGUACCUGCUAGGAAAUUCAGAUUGCCUGAAAUUGAAGGAUAUGAUCCUUGACUUAUAUUCUCCUGACUUUGUGACUUUUUGUGUGUAGAGAGCUUGUCACAGUUGAUUGUGCUAGGAGCUUGUCACAGUUGAUUGUGCUAGGAGCUUGUCACAGUUGAUUGUGCUAGGAGCUUGUCACAGUUGAUUAUGCUAGGAGCUUGUCACAGUUGAUUGUGCUAGGAGCUUGUCACAGUUGAUUGUGUUAGGAGCUUGUCACAGUUGAUUGUGCUAGGAGCUUGUCAGUUGAUUGUGCUAGGAGCUUGUCACAGUUGAUUAUGCUAGGAGCUUUUCCCUAUUGUAAACUAUAUCACAGUUUUAAUGCUGAUAUACGCUGAGGUCUUGUAGUUUGUGUUGUAUUUUGUCUUGUAGUCAAUUUCUUGACCAUGUUUUGUCUGUGGGGAACUCCUGCCGGUGUAUUAUCAGUUGUAUUUGUUCAAGCCAACAUUGGCUGAUGUUACCAAAGGCCAUAUUUACUUGUUUAAGGGUAUGCAUGUAGUUUUAGGGUAAUAUGCAGCACUUUAAACGUCUUUGUAUGGAAUGGCUUUUAAGUUUUUCUUUACAUUUAAGUUUUUAGGCUGUGCCAUUCCCAUGACAACCAUGAAUGCAUUAGGAAUAUGUUCAUGUUGUCAAGGGAAGUAACUUAUACAUAUUCUUGUACUUGAUUAACUCCCUUGUAUAUUUUGUAUAUAU